AUGCACCAGAAUACUGUCCAACAGGAUGCUGAAUGCAAGGUACUGUUGCAUGGAGAAGAACACAAAAGAGUGUGACUUAAUUGAGGGUUUGUUUUUAUUUUGAGGUAUUUGAGCACACUACUUGCAAGGCCUCUGCAGCUGGAAGUGUGGAGCAAUUUUAUUGGCCAAAUUCCCUGAGCAUUCACACCUUGAUUAUUUUCUUUUCUUUUUAAAUGGUUUCAUAAUGCAUCUGUUUGGAAACAGGUUUCAUUUGCUUCCUGGAGUUUCUGGCUGCUUAAGAUCGCAGCCUAUACAUCUUUCGUUGGAAAUCAGUCCGGCUUAUUUCCACAAAUUAGUGAUGUCAGCAAUGUUUGUAAUUCCUUGACUUGGAAUAUGAAGCUCAGUUACAAAAUAUCCACCUUCAAUACUAGGAUGCACAUUACAGGAGAAGAAGUCUCCUGACCCUUCCACCUCCUUUGCCUGGUGACAUCUGCUUUGGUGGCAGCAGAAGAGAGGGGGGAGGUUUCUUUCUUUUCCUACUCUGUUCCAUCUCUGUCCCCAUGGUGCUUGGAGUGCUGCAACUGUACUGGGGGUGUGUGACAAUUCUGACCAAAUAUUGAACACUUAGGCAGAAAAACAACAAACCAUCUCCAAAUGUUUUUCACCACAUUCUUCAUUUUUGCUAUCUAUCGAGUCCAAGACAUUUUGGCACCUGAGGCGAAUCACAAAAUGGUUCUUCCCCCUUGCCAGGGGAGAAAGGGGUGAGAGAGGAUUUAUAUCAGGAACAAGGAGGGAAUAACAAUCUACAUCAGGAACAAGGAACAAUGAAUUUUUUUCAGUUCAUAUAGCAAUUUUAAGGUGACAAUUGGCAGUUGGUCACAACAAUCCAUGACUGGGCCUUCUUGGUUGUGGCACUACCAAUUUUGGAAUGCUCUUCCUAGGGAAAGUCACUGAGUCUGAUAUCCUUUUGGCACCAAGUUAAGAAUUUAUUUUUAUUUUCCCAGACCUUUUAGUGUCUUUCAUUUUAUCUGGCAUUUAGAUUUUCUACUGCUCUGUUAUAUGUUUAUUCAAUUAUUCUUGUUUAGGAGCUAUAGGAGGAUUUGGGCCUGGAAAGUUGUACACAUAGAAUACUUAUACAAAUACUCAUAAAUUACAAAUUGAACCUGCGGUUGUUGAUUUUCAGCACAUGCACUCUGUGAUCCAUUUGGAAAUAGUUUUAAAAGGCUCUUAAGGUCUAUUCAGUGUACUAUUCGAUGUGGUGACCAGAGUUGGGAGGGAGACCUUGCUUCUUCCCCUCUCUCCACAGACAUUGUUGCCACUGCUGUUGAUACCACUGUGAAUAAGUAUGGUUUAAACGGGAAAAGGAAGGGCAAUGUGUAUAUGUCUGCUGGGUGCAUGGAUAGAAGGGUAAACUAGGAAUUCUUCUCUAGUGUGGAUUUUAAUCUGAAAUGGAGAGAAAUUUGAAACCUCAUAAUGUUCACUUUCUUUGAGAUGGGCAUUGUAUUGCCAGAAAGCUUAUGAAUCACAAGAAGUACAUUCAACACUUGAAAGGUUCAUUUGUAUAUUUUGUCUUGUUCUGCAGAGUACAGAAUCACCAUGCUAUCUGCUCACAGUAAGAAUCAUACGAAUGUGGAAUGUCCGCCGAGAAGAUUAUUGUAAGUAUUUUCAUUCUUUUACUAUGGCUUCUUGUUAUUCCAAAAUAUUGAGCAUGCUUGAGCAAUAAUGUUAACCAAAGUUUUAUAUAACUUUGCUAAUGCCAUUUUAUUGGUGAAAUUAGUAUUUCUGAACUUUUAUGUGGUUUUCUCAAAAAAUAAUCUAUACAGUGGUACCUCCAGUUAUGAAUUUAAUUCAUCCCGGAGGUCUGUUCUCAAACGAAAACCGCUCGUAACAUGAGGCACGCUUUCUCUAAUGGUACCUCCUGCUGCUGCCACGCUACUGGCAUGUGACUUCCACUCAUAUUCCAGGGCAAAGGUUGCAACCAGAAGCAUCUACUUCCAGGUUAGCGGAGCUCGUAACCCGCAGCAUUCACAAGGGGGAUGGUAUGUAACAUGAGGUUCCACUGUAUAGGCACUGGUGGAGGAAGAGGAGUGGGGGGGGGAGCGCCCCGCCCCUGGCAACACAAUCCCAGCAGGGUGCCAUCGUGGCUGCCCCCCUGCCCGCGCCCCACCCCCCAAGACGCGCGCCAGCCCUGGUUGUAAAGUUGGGACUCCACAGCACCAUGUGGUAUCACAGUCUUAUAUUGCAUAUACAACACAUAUAAAACACUUUUUCUUUACCAAUCUAGCCGAGUCCUAGGUGGCCUUACAAGCCACUAUCUCUCAACCUCAAUUUCCAGUCUAUAUUAUGGGGACAAUAAUGCCAGCUGAAUCACAGGGUUGACUUCUUUGUUUGAGUAAUAUGUGGGAAAUACCUUGAUCAUACUAAAGCACUAUAUUAAUUCUAAGAAUUGUUAUGGCAAAAGUUAACUCAGGAAUAAUAGGUUCUUCAACUAACAUUCACCUCACUGUUGUACACAUGAAAAGGGAAAAGUGGAUAUAUAACUUCAGGGAAACUUUUUAUGAACUAGGGGUAAAAAUGAUGUUGUUUUUCUACUUAGAAGUGCAUAUGUGAUGUGCAGAUAUACUAUGUGGGAAGUAAUUAUGGUAAACUUGGACAUGUGAACAUAGCCUUUGAAAAACUACAAAGUAAGCUGUAGCUAUCAGAUGUAGCUAUUAAUUCAGUUUUCCCCUGUGGGAGUAUUAUUGCAUCUGAUCUUCCCAACAAUCGAGACAAAGAAUGUUUCUCAUCCACGUUAAUUACAUCUCUAAUAAAGGACAACAUAGGGACAUAGCUACAAAAGUGUCCCUAACUAAAGCUUUAGAAAGGCAUUUAUAAUUCAUGUGUGGUGGAUGUACCCAAAGUAAAUACUACUGUUUAGCAUCCAUUUUAUCAGUAGCCUAAAGUUCUAUCUUAACUAGUCAAGUAAGAACAUCAAAUUGUGGUUUGAGCUUCCUUAGACAGUCAUGGCUUAAAACUACUUGCCUGCUUUCAUAUUCUGAGUGCUUGUUGAGGCAGUGUAUUCUGUCUUGAUAUCUGUGGAGGAACAUAGGAAAUUGUCCUUUACCAAGUCAAUUGGUCCUUCUAGCUGGCAGCUGGCUGAAUGGCUGUGCAAAGUUACAAACAGGAGCCUUUCUAGUCCUACCUGAAAGUGUCAGGGGUUGAUUCUAGGAACUUUUGCAUGUAACAGAGAUGUUUACUACUGAGCUAUGGCCCCUUCUCUAGGAGGCAGAACAAUGGCUGUAACUAUGGUCUGUCAGUUCACAUGUCAUCCUGACAAACUAUGAUUGUCUCAAACAAUAGUUUGCAAAACACUUUCAGACUUCAAACCCUAAUUCUGAUUUCUAAUUCUGAUUUCGUGGACAACUGCAAUUUGCUAAUUCAGACAUUAUACUGAACUAUUGUAAACUUCACUGGCAUGAUGUUUGAACUGAGCCAACACUGGUUGCUUCUGAAAGGUACCAACAUUGGUCUCCCUUCUGAAAGUACCAACUUAGAGACUUAAAAAAUAAAUAAAUACAAGAACAUAAUAAAAUAAUAUUUUUAAAAUUUAUAUCCCAUCCAUCUGGCUGGGUUUCCUCAGCCACUCUGGGAGGCUUACAACAUAUAUAAAAACACAACAAAACAUCAAACAUUAAAAAAUGAAAUAUCCUAUAAAAGCAACAAACAAACCCAUAAAUCAAUACAGCGGUACCUUGGUUCUCGAAUGGCUUAGUUGCCUAACAAAUCGGCUCCCGAAUGCCACAAACCCAGAAGUAUAUGUUCCGGUUUGUGAACAUUUUUCGGAAGCCAACCGUACAACACAGCUUCCACUUGAGUGCUGGAAGCUCUUGCAGCCUUGGUUUUCGAAUGGUUUCAGGACUCAAACAACUCCUGGAAUGGAUUAAGUUUGAGAACCAAGGUACCACUGUAGAAACCAAUAAUAACAAUAACAAUAAUAAACAGUUUACAGUUACACUCAAAUUAAAAUAACUGACAACCCCAACCAAGCAUUUAACCAACACCAACCUGACAAAAAUAAACCAGAGGAACCAAAAUUAGAACCAUUUAAAAAUAUUUUUGCCCGUUGGCCAAACCCAAGAGUUGUUCCAACAAUGUCCCAGCGGUCUCCCGGGAGCCUCUUUUAGCUGUUUAAGGUGAGUCUGGGCUCUGCCUCCUAGGCCAGGUGGAAAUGGGCCUUAUAGCAGGGAGCAGUCUUCCUUCCAGCACUCACAGCAGCAGAAUUGUGACAACAGUGCAUAAUUUCAGUCUCCUCAUAGAAGCAGUGAUGGUCUUUUUAUUUAUUUAUUUCAUUUGUUUGUCACCCUUCAUCAGAAGAUCACAGGGUGGUUCACAACCUGAGAAUACAAAAUGAGAUUACAGAAUACAAAACGAAAACAAACCAAUGCCUCCAUUCCCACAAACACAUUUAAAAGGCCAUGGAAUGCUAACCAACCAAAUGCCUGGCUGAAGAGAAACAUUUUCGCCUGGCACCUAGAGAUAUGUAAUGAAGGCCUCCCUGGGAAGAGCAUUCCAGAAAUGGGGAGCCACCACAGAAAAGGCCCUUCUCAUGUUGCCAUCCUCUGGACCUUUCACGCAGGAGGCACACAAAUAAAGGUCCUCAGAGCCCGGGUUGGUUCACAGGGAAAGAGGCAGUCCUUCAGCAGUUCAGGGACUAUCUUGUAGUUCAUUUGGAACAGUGUCUUUUCGAUUGAGUGUCUGGGUUCAACCUUGCCUAGACCUCUGACCUGAGAUCUCCUCAGUGGAGGAGCAGGAGGAGGACUCCCUGCCAAACAGAACUCUUGCACUUUAGUGAUCCCUGCCACAGGACUGGAAGUUCCUAUAUGAGCUGCUAAGAUUCCUGGCUGUUUCUCAUGCCCUCCUUUAUCCGCCACAGGGCCACAAGAGCAAGACAGUGAGCCAGGCAGAAGUUUCAGAGCCACUGCUAAAGUGCAAGGCUAGCUGCAUGUGAGGAGGGGGAAGUGCACAGAAACACCUGCCUGGAUCAGGGCCUGACUGAGAACUGGGGAGGGAUGGAGUCUACGGCUUCUAUAUAAACUCCCAGUCUGAGCUACUUCAUUGUGCAAUAGUCCCAGCCUGGGUGAAUAGAUGUUGAGCCAAGUCAGAUUAGGCUUUCUGAAACAAUAUGUAAAUCGAAGCCCAGCCAUCCUUCAGCAUUUUCACUUUUCCAAAUUCUGCACUGCAGUUUGCAAGCCAACUAAUGUGUUAAAAAAUGCUUACUGUGUGGCAAGGUAUGCAUAAAAAUGUAUAACAGUGAAAGUAGCAUGCAGUAAUAUGUAAAUUAGCAGGCAAAUUUGCUUUGCCCAAAUAUUGAGAGAAAUUUUUGCAAAAAGGCUGAUGAAUUGUCAUGAGGGAAAGAAAGAAAGAAAGAAGAAAGAAAGAAAGAAAGAAAGAAAGAAAGAAAGAAAGAAAGAAAGAAAGAACAACCCAGAAACUGAUGUGAAGUGUGGAGAAUUGAACUUAAGAAUGGAAAAAAUGAGAGAAUGAGAAAAGCCCAAAAUGACAGAUUCACCCUAGUACAGCUAUCUGACAAUAUAAAGGAAGCAGUGCUUCUCUUAUGACUAGAUCAGCUGGAUGCUAUCAACUAGGGUAAAGAAUUCUUGGUAGUUCAAUCAUUUAAGGCAAGACAAAAUCUCUAUAAAAGCGCCACUGCAUUUACAGAGUAUAUUCUUGCGGUUUCAUGGUUUUUUCCAGCUGGGUGAGGCAGCAAGUAUUGCAAAAUGUGCCCUCUUACUUAAAACUGUAUGGGUUUUCAGAUGCUUUAGAUAUUCCCAUCUUGCACAACUGGAUUUCCAUAUAUGCAGGUAAUAAAAACAACUGCCACCAAGCACAUUUCUGCAUCUCACAUCUUCGUCUAAAUCAGAACAAGGCUACUAGUUUAAGAGUGCAAUCCUAUGCAUGUCACCUCAAAAGUGAGCCCCAUUGAGUUAAAUGGGACAGGAUAGGAUUGAAAAGUCUCAACAGUUCAAGUUAUGUUGUAGAGCUUUGAAGCAAGACUACUCCAAGGUAAGUCCUGUUGAGUUCUGUGUGGCUUAAUCUCAGGUAAACGGAUAUAUGAUACCAGGCUGCAAUGAGUAUAUCCACUUACCUGAGAAUAAGGUCCACUUAAUUCAAUGGGAUUUAUCUUUAGUAGACAUGUAUAGGAUGCACUGCUCUUCUUUUUAGCAUUAGAUAAUAAACACAAGCUCACCGCUGGCUAGUAAGGUUGUUACUGCAUGCAGUGAGCCACCAAAACUGUAGUAAUUUCAGUGGCCCUUUAGAAAUGGCAGUGAAGAGAUGAUCUCUGGUUAGCAAGGACAACUUCAGUAGUGCGCAGAGAGUAAACCAGAUUGGAUUGGGUUCAAGACUGAUUGGAAGAGAGAAAAUCAAGACAGCAGGAGUGAAUUAAGAUGCAAUGGGAAAGAAGCUCAGCUGGCAGUGAGAUGGUGAGGAUGGGUAAGGCUUUUGGGAAAAGGGGUGAUGAAGAAACAGUGACAAAGAUGAACAAGGUAAGGAAAGAGUCGGAGAAGAGAAACAGUUGGGUGAUGUGGGUGGGUGAUACUCUGGAAGAGGCAGCAGAUAAUAGGAUAAAGAUCGGGUGGCAGUUCAGGUGAGGACAGCAGAGUGAUUCUCUCAUCAUGAGAUACUGGGGUAAGAGGGGACGUGGGUGGAGCUGUGGUCUAAACAACUGAGCCUCUUGGGCUUGCCGAUCGGAAGGUUGGCGGUUCGAAUCCAUGUGAUGGUGGUUAGCUCCCAUUGCUCCAUCCCAGCUUCUACCAGCCUAGCAGUUCAAAAGCACACCAGCGCAAGUAGAUAAAUAGGUACCACUAAGGCAGGAAGGUAAAUGGCAUUUCCAUGCACUCUGGCACUUGUCACAGUGUUCCGUUGCACCAGAAGUGGUGUAGUCAUGCUGGCCACAUGACCCGGAAAUCUGUCUGGGGACUAAUGCCAGCUCCCUUGGCCUGAAAAGCAAGAUGAGUGAUGCAACCCCAUAGUCACCUUUGACUUCCAGGGUCAUUUACCUUUACCUUUUUUACUGGGGGGAUAGCAAAGAAGUUAGGGAGAUGGAUGAGGGUCAUUGAAUAGAGGGGUAGAAAUAUUGUGGAAGAUGGUAUCAGUUUUAUAAGUGAAGGUGAUGAGUUCCUGGCACAGGAGAGGCAGGUGUUACUGGAGCAGCAAAGAUAAGGAAGAGGCUCCAGAGGAUUGUUAGCAGGGGUGUGGAUCAGGGUGGUGUAAUGUUGUUUGGCCACAUAAAUGACAGAGGAGAAGGAAGUACAGCAUGAAUGUAAAGUGAGCCUUUUGAUUUCCUUCAUCCUCAUUUAGCAGCCUGAGAGAAUGAGUAGAAAUUACAAAAGAAAGCAGCAAGCUGAAGUUAGACGCCAAGGGCACAAAUUUAUCAUGCCUACAGAUGCAAAGAGGUUGGGGGUUGGAAAAUGUAUUAUUAAACACAUCUGCAUCCCUGAAGAUGCUUUUUUGAAACAGGUUGGGCUCAGCAACAUUAUUUCAGUGCACCCAGAAUCUUCUCUCUCUCUCUGUCUCUCUCUCCCACCUGAGGUCAACAAGUUAGAAAGAAAGAAGGCAAGCUGAGGUUUAUAAGAUACAUAAGAAGGUGGAAUGGAGGAAUGGGGAACAACAUCCCACAGCAACAGAGAGUAGAGGCCUAAAUAAUGGCUUUUGAAAGCUUCUGAAGCAAUAACAGGGAACACAUUCUCUCCCAACUGCCUGCCCUUAUUGAAACAUGGCCGCCCCUCCUCUGCUGCCCUGUCAUUUGGAGGCCUCUCUUCAUCCCACACACCCUGCUCCAGAGUGCCAGAAACGCAGACCUCUUGCCUAAUCCCUGUUAUUGCUUCAGAACUUCCAGAGGGAUAGCCAUGUUAUUCUGUUGCAGCAUAAAGAAUAUAGAUUCUUUAUGCCUCUUAAAUGCAAAUUUAUUAGGACACAAUCCAGCUUUCGUCAACCUGGUAACCUCCAGAUGUUUUUGGACUACAUUUCCCAUCAGCUCCAGGCUAUGCUGAUGGGGCUGAUGGGAGUUGUGGUCCAAAAAUCUGGAGGGACCCAGAACUAGAGCCCACUUUUACCCGAUGCAUGGAGUGUUAUGCUAAAUUGGGAGGUAUGUGUGUAUGUGUGCGUACGAUAGAUGUUCUUUUGUGUAUAGAUGUGCGUGCAUGCAAAUACAAAACGUCUGCAAACUUAUUAUAUUAUAUCUCAGGCUUUUUCUCUCCAAGGAACUCAAGGUGUUUUUCACACUUAUCCCCCUGUCCAUUGAGCCUCACAACAACCCUGUGAGGUAGGUUAGGCUGAGAGGCAGUCAUUGACCCAAGUUCACCCUGUGGCCUUCAUGGCUGAGUGGGGAAUUUGACCCCUGGUUUCCCACCAAACCAUACACUUCAUGCAUCUGAUGAAGUAGACUAUAGUCCACAAAAACCUAUGCCAUGAUAAAUGUGUUAGUCUUUAAGGUGCCACAAGACUCUUCUUUGUUACACAUCAGAGUAUAACUUUGUUAAACUCUAAACUGAUUCUGAUUUUCACCUAAUAAUGUGCUGGAAAGGAGCCAAUCUGUGUGUUUAGUGCACAAACAUAGAAAGAGGGAAGUCUCCCUAAACCCAGGGACGAAACUAGGCUUUAUUUCACCUGGAUCAAAGACCCAAUUUGGCAAUCCCUCUCUACACACAUUUGCGUACACACACAGGCUGAGAGCCUCAAUGGUGCCCCUCUGGAGGCUUCCCCUGGGGCAAAAAUCCUGGCUAGACCCACCCUACAUAGCUAUGGCUCUGCAUGGUCCCCAACUUCUUUUCACAAAGUCAUAAAUGGGCACCAAAUAGGUCAUUCAUUCAGAAGCUUCUUUGGCUAGGAAGGCACUAAGGAGGUCAAAAGAGUGACCACAGCAAAGUUGCAGCCGGAUCUUGAUAAGAUGCAGAUGAGGCACAAAACAGAGCACAUUUCCUGGUUGGCAAUGUCUGACAAUGCCAAAUGUGCAACCACAAGCCUUUGCUCAGUAGGAUGGUUGCAAAUAGGCAGGAAAAGUGCCUAAUUGAACCUGCUGCUUCUUAACCCACACAGGAAUUUAAAAAGAGCAACAGCUGUUUCUUUAGUUAGCCAAGAGAUAAUCUCAUCGCCUAUAUUUCCAGUGGGGUAACUGUUUUUGUCUCUUGUGGCAAAAAUAGUGCCUGGCUUACUCAGCAUGUUACGUUCUACUCAAGAUGCGAACAGGGCUCCAGAAGAGAUCCCGUUCGCAUCCAGAGGUACCACUGUAAUGACCUCUUGAAUGAGAUUUGCAGAAGUAAACAUUGCUCCCCGCCCAGCCUUUCUCUCUUUUAAAAAUGAUUUGCCAUACAUUUUCAAGAAUUAAAAUGUGUCUGCAUAGUUUUCAGAGCUUGCUUCUCAUGCUCAUGAUUGGGAAACAGCAAAGCAAGAGCAACUAGGCAUUGUAAUCAAGAGCAACUAGAGUUAGUCCUGGAUUUACAGAAGCCAUCCCAGUUUCUGUUUUGGUCCCGGAAUGUCCCACUUUUCCUUAGGACAGCCCUACUUUCAUCAGAGAAAUGUUGAAGGGUAUGGAGUUAUGCAAUCCCCAAGCCAAGGAAAUAAGUAACUAUACAACCUUUAGAAGACAUAUAAAGGCCUUUAGAAGACAUCUAAAGUAUAGGGAAGUUCUGAAAUGUUUAAUGUUUUAUUAUGUUUUUGUAUAAGUGGCUGGGACAACCCAGUCAGAUGGGUGGGUUAUAAACAGUAAAAUUACUAUUAUUAUUAUUAUUAUUAUCAUUAUGGAAUAGGACAUCCCUAUUUUCAUUGCAGAAAUGUUAGAGGCUAUGUUGUAAGUCAUUAACCAUGAUUUACGAACUGGGCCACUGCUCCCAAAGAUCAAGCUCUCCUCUUGCAAUAGUUAAGGGACACGUGGUACACCUUGAAAACAUUGAAUCUGCUACCCCCACAAGAUUGAACUAAAUCUUCAGUCUAAUCCAGUAUGCUAAUCUCAUUUUGGCCAUAAUUAAAACUAUGAAUUACUCCAUAUUCUCCCCUACAGUAAGUGAAACAGAUUGUUAUGUGACUUUGUGGCUGCCUACGGCUUCAUGUGAGAAAGUUCGGACCAAAACAGUGGCAAAUUGCAAAGAUCCAGUAUGGAAUGAAACAUUCUACUUCAGGAUCCAGAGCCAAGUUAAGGUAGGAUAAAAGAUGGUAUAUGCAUAGGUUCCUCUAGGAGAAGCAUCUCCAUGUUGCCCUAGUUAUUGCUCUUCUGCAUCGGUGAUUACUUCUUUGUGUCACUGACUUUAAACUAUGUACUAAAGAGUCCCUUCUAAAUAAACCUAGGCUAGGAUCUUGGCUUCUCCUUUAUCGCAGCUUCCUUUCUUUUGCUGCCACCAUUUUGAAAAGUAUCUGCUAUUCACGUAUACACGUGCUGUACGGUCAUUAUAUAAUGCAAUGCAAUACAGAUCUCCACAUUAUUAGUUGUUCUACACAGGAGUCAGACCAGUGGCCUAUCUAACACAAUAUCACCUACAGUGUCCGGCAGCAAGUAACUCUCUAGGGGUCUUUUCAGUUUUACUACCUGAGAUUUUUAUUAUUAUUAUUAUUUUAACUAGAGAUGCCCUAUGAUUCAAUUUGGGGCCCUUUCUCAUGUAAGCGAGUACUCCUGUUUGAUAGAGCCUUCCCACAGGUAUACGUAGCACACUUCUGUUUCUCCUUUGUAGCCCACGGUUGGACUAAAAUAGCCUUCUCUCUCUCUCUCUCUCUCUCUCUCUCUCUCUCUCUCUCUCUCUCUCCCUCCCUCCUUCUCAGCUUUGUGUUUCCAUUAUUCAUUCAUAAUACUUUUUAAUUUCUGAUUCCAGAAUGUUUUAGAAUUGACCGUAUGGGAUGAAGAUGUUAUUCGAGAUGAUGACUACCGUGUCAUUUUAUUUGACAUAGCUAAAGUCCCCUUUGGAGAAUCAGUUUUUAUGAAAUUUGAAUUGAAUCCCCAGGUGAGCAUGCAUAGAGAUCAAUCCUUAACUGAGCUUUCUUUGCAUUUCUCACAUAUUGUCCUGCCAGGUACAGGUAGGUUUAGAACACUACAACACACACGUAACUGGCUGUAAAGUAACAUAACAUUAUAUGUAAUAAAACUGUAAUUUAAUCGUCAUAUCAAAAAAUUGCAAAGCACAGUUCCUGAUGGCAAUAACAUAUCAUAUUACUAUUAACCUUCUAUAUGUAUUAUUGUCGUAAAGUCCAAAGAUUGUCAAGUCCAACAAUUACAACGUACAGUUCCUGUUGGCAAUGCCAUUUCAUACUGAUAUCUUCCUUCUGCAUCAUCCUAUGUCUUAAAAGUGUAACAAACAAAACUUCCUUCUGCAUUGUCCUAUGUCUUGAGAGUGUAACAAAUGGAACUACUUAGUGACAACAAGGCAGCUGAGAAUAGACCAAUUCUUAGGAUACACCCUUGUUUUGCCCAUCGGGCUUCUUCAGUGACAAGGUUUCCGGGAAAUUUUUCAUUAGGUUUUUUCAGCCGAAAGUAGUCCACAGGAACGCAGAAGUUGCUAGUCAGAGACGCUCUGGUACCUAGAAUCACAGAAUCAUAGAAUCAUAGAGUUGGAAGAGACCACAAGGGCCAUCGAGUCCAACCCCCUGCCAAGCAGGAAACACCAUCAGAGCACUCCUGACAUAUGGUUGUCAAGCCUCUGUAACCUCAGGCUACAGAUGCUCCAGGUUACAGACACUUCAGGUUACAGACUCCGCUAACCCAGAAAUAGUACCUCGGGUUAAGAACUUUGCUUCAGGAUGAGAAUAGAAAUCGUGUGGCGGCGGUGGGGCGGUGGGAGGCCCCAUUAGCUAAAGCGGUACCUCAGGUUAAGAACCGUUUCAGGUUAAGAACGGACCUCCAGAACAAAUUAAGUUCUUAACCCGAGGUACCACUGUACAGGUGGUAGCCGUGUUGGUCUGACAUAGUCAAAAUAAAAAAAUAAAAAAAUUGUCCAGUAGCAUCUUAGAGACCAACUAAGUUUGUUCUGGGUAUAAGCUUUCGUGUGCAUUCACACUUCUUCAGAUACUUCUAGACCAAGGAUGAGGAACCUAUAUUCCCAGAACUGCUCUCUUCUCCAAACCAUCUUUGCCAUGCAACCUAACACCCUCAUAUGUGAUUAGCCUCCCUCGUGAAAUUGGCACCCUCUAACAAUUAGAGCUUCCUACUCAUUAGAUACAAAACCCAACAAGAGAUACCAAGGUAUCGCAAUAUGUGGGACAUGUCUGCUCAAUGGCCAUUCAGCCUACUAAGUCUGCUGAUAGGGCUGAAGAGGGUCAGUGGCAGAGGAAGGGGGGUGCAGUAGGUGCGGGCCACCACGGAUGUCACCACUGAGGGGGGUGACAAAAUGCCGGGCGGCACUCACCGCAAGGCUGCAGAGAUGCAGUGGCUUGGGCGUGUGCAGGCUCCACGAUACCCAAACGGUCCGCCUGCUGCCUCCACCCCAGCUGUAGGGCAGCUGAGUGGGAGGAGGCAGGCAGACUUCGGAGGCCCCGUGGUGCGCCCUGCCCCUAUGGGCGGCUCACCCCGCCCCUGGGCACGCCGCCCCAGGCACCUGAGCGGCUUCCUCUGCCACUGAGAGUGGUACUACAUAUCAAGGUGAGAUUACCACAUGGAUCCAUCCGGAUCCUUAAAUCCAAACACUUUAUUUGAAAAGGCCAUCUUUUAAAAAAGGAAAGAAAAUGUGCACACUGUGAAAAAAAAUUACAUAAACCAGAGGCGGGUUACCUGUGGACCACCAGAUACUACUGAACUACAACUCCCAUCAUCCCUUGCCUGCACGGUCAAUGGCCAGGGGUGAUGGGAGUUGUAGUUCAGCAACAUAUGGAGGACCACAGGUUAGCUGCUCUGAGUGUGAAGAAUUUGGGAUAUUCACUGUUUCUGAUGACCUAGACAGCAAACAAAUAUGAAAAGAGGAAUCCGUAAAGCUAAUAUAUAGGACUCAUAGUUUAACAGCAGCAACAAACCUGACCUUAUUGUGCACAUCUGAACAUACAAACAUGGGAUGUUAAACCUCUGUAUUUAAACAAACAUGGGAUUGUUAAGCCUUGCAAAUUGCGAUUGGGCAUCAUAUUCAAAAGGGUGAAAACAGACCUGAAAGCAGCAGUUCUGCAUGUUUUUUCAACUGCCCUAUGGUGUGGUGCAAUGGGUCAGUGCAUCCAGCUAUUAACCAGAAGGUUGGUGGUUUGAGCCCACCCAGGGAGGCUGGGGGCAGGAUUCCUGCACUGCAAGGGCUUGACUAGAUGACCCUUGGGUGCCUUCCAAUUCUACAGUUCUGUGAUUCUAUGAAAGGAAAAAAGGGUGUGAGAGAGAGGAGUGCUUUUCAACAAGUUCAUUUUCUUUUUCAAGUUCAAUUUUCAACUUUCAGUUUUAAUUUCUGCAAUAAGAUCGGGGGGGGGGGGGGUGUUGAUCUUUGAUAUGUCACAUUCCAUGCCAGGAAAGACAAAUUCUCAAUGUCUAUGGAACAACUAUUUGCAAAAUUUGUGCCAUUUAUGCUGCAUUCUAAUUUUCAGACACAUGAACAAUUGGAGGUUGAAUUCGCACUGGAGAAUAUGUAAGUAACCCAAGUACUGUAGAAACCAAUUGCUAUAGAAGCCUGUCUGCUGCAAUGAAUUGUAUUCUCUUGUUUUUAUUUUAUUUUAUUUUAUUAAGAAUAAGGUAUCUUGUGUUACUCGGUGUAUUAAUGUUCGCUUGGUAUUUCAUCGGCAAUAAUUUGUAGCCCAGCGUGGGAUCAUCUUGUAUGUUGGAGAGUGGGACAGAAAUGUUUUAAAUCUAAAAGUUACCAUCAGCAGCUAAUGGCCAUAGAAUGAGCCCAAUUGUAUAAACUUGCUAUUUAUAAAAAUUCAAGGCGAUGCAAUUCAAAUUAGCUAUCCAUCUCCCUUCCCUGGUAUAAGUGAGGAACUUGUUAAUGGGGGGAUGUUUUCCUUUCUUUCAACACAUGUGCCUACGUAGCAAAUAAAACGCACCUUAGCGUGCCUUCAGAUGUCAACUUUGCCUGUCAUGAUUUCCAUAAACUGGAGAGCAAAAGACGACUUCCUCAUAAGAACUCUGAUUUACAUAAUGCUUCCUCUUCUCCUUGCACUAAUCCUUCCUGUGCAUCUGGAUUAGCAGAGGCCAGAAUUUCUUCAUCAGUACUGAUUCCCUCAGAUGUCUAGUUUGCAUGUGCCUGGCAUACAAAUACAAUAAUGUAUUGCUUUAGCUCAAAAGCACUAUGAUAAAAUUGACAUCAGGGAUUUGUACCAUUUCAUCAGAGUCUUCCCCUUGGGUUACUAUUGGGUUACUACUAAGAAGAGUAUUCAAGCUGCCAUACUCAACCUAACAGUAAGUCUCAUUGAAUUCAGUGGUGAUUACAUCUGAGUAGGCAUGCAUAGGAUUGUACUGGAAACAAUUUAAAAAAAAAUAGAGCAGUAUUAUUUUGAAAUAAUUGCCUGGUGUCUCCUACAAGAACUAAGCUGUCGAUGCAAGGCAGAAGUUAGGGAUGGGUCAUAUUGCUACAAGGUUCUGAAUUUCCUUGUCCUGGGAAUUUUGCAAGAAUAAGUAGUGUGUCAUGCUAGAGUCACGGGCAAAGAAACGUGGUGAUGACAAAACGGACUAGAUUGCGGUGAUGUGGCAGUAAGAUGAUCUGAAGGAUCUACGAAUUAGAACACUGACCUGAUUAACCCAGUCACUUGGCUUUUGUAUUUUGAAAUCCUCAUCAGUAGAGCAUGCCUAAAAUCUGCUUAAUAUGAUGAUUGCCAUCGUUGCUGCCAUUCACAAGCACAGCCUUGCCCUCUGGCUGAAACCAAACCUUUCCUGCUAAGCAGUCAGAAUUUAGGAACUCUUUUCCCGGAGUGACCAGGGACUCAGCUAUACAGCUGCAAAUGAAACAUUUUAAGUGUGUUUGUAAAGUGCAUUAUACAGAUGUGACACUAGAUGGCGAUGGCGAGCUAUGGCAAAUUCAAUUUAUUUUUCAAAACGUUUUUUAAAAAAGCAUUUUCACAACUUUUUUUUUUUUUAAUGUGUGUGUAGAUUCCACCUAGGGGUGAUGCCACACCACCAGUCUCCUGAUAGUGUUGUUGAUGUUACUUACCAAAACUAGGGAGGAGCAGGGCAGCGGAGGGGGUCAGGACUGGAAGAGCCAAUCCCACCUGCACUCACAUGCAUCUUGACCUCACUGCUCUCCCAGCCCCACACCAUUCUGGUGAUCAAAAGCAAUGUCUCUGUUGGGAAAGCAGCAGGGCUGGCUAGUGCUGGGGGUGGUAAACAGCAAAAGGAAAAGGGCAAAGUUAAAUUCUAAGACAUAAGUUGACUGUUCAGCUCUAAGUUAUGUUGAACAAUUGUGCCUUAAAUCAUUCAAGUUGUAACAUCAUCUAUAUAUAUGUAUAUUUAUUUCCUAGAUGUGGUCCAGCUGAAACCAUCAUUACAAAUGGAACAAUAGUGGUAAUUUCCAUUUCUUCAUGUAUUUACUGUGCAAUAUCUCUGGGUUGCAGGAACUCUGUAAGCUACCUCUACUUAAUGUUGACUGAACAAGAUCCUGAGUGAAAGUGUGAAAGAGAAAUAUUAGAUAUGGGUAUGGUGGAAUAUUGAAUACUGAAAUGCAAGCAUCACACAGUGUAUGGGAGAAACUGCAGCUUUCUCUCCUCCCCCCCCCCUUUUUCAUUCACACUCUUAUGAUAUGCAUACCAUGGGAGCCAAAUCAGAUGUUACCAAAUCAGAAAAAUAAGUUUUGGGUGGUCAGAACUCAACUUGGCUACAGUAAUAUUUGAAUUGGCUUCCCAUGUGAGUUGACUCAAUCAUGUGAUAAGUGCUCACAACAGGUUAUAUACCAGAAAUGGAAUGUAUGCAUUGGCCCAUACAGAUAAAUGCCCAAACUGUGUCAAAAGAACCUUGAUGUAUGGAAUAGUGAAAUGAAUGAAUCUCAGUAUUAGGACACCAUGAGACAGCAAAACCAAGCAGCUGCAAUGGACUAAAAUCUUCAAGACAUGAUGAACAAUUCAUUGCAAAUGUCGCCCAUCAUCUUUUCCUUUCAAUGCCAUCACUAGGUUUCAAAGAGGUACAGACAGAGAGAGAGAGAGUGCACAUCCAGGUUUUUUUUUAGAGCUACCCUAUUUUUAAAAGUGUCAUUUCUAAACACCGGAAGUACUCUUUGAGCUCUCACUUUGAAAAGCAGUCAGUGACUAGGCACAAGAACUCUGGGAUCUGUCUGUGUACAUUUGUUAACUCUUCUUUAUAUAGUAAGUUAUGGAGAGGUAAUUAACAUGGGACCCUCUAGGUGUUAGACAACAAUUCCCAUCAUAUGUCUGAAAAUUAGCCAUGCUAGCUGGACCGGAUGAGAGCUGAGUUCAAUAACAUCUGGACGGUAUCACAUUAUACUAUCUAGUAAUAAAAUUGCCUUCAGGUUUUGGGCAAUAUUUGUAGUGGCUGCAUCCCAAAAAAGCCCACUUAUAAUUAGGUAAUUGUGAAAGUGGGCCUUCACACAUCUGAGAAUUUAGUUUAGGAAAAAGCCAUGUCUUUCUCCUCACAAAGCAGGCCUUGCAUCAUGCAACUACUGCUGUCAAGUAAUAUCUGCUUGGGGGUGGGGUGUGGUUCACAUUUUCUAGAACAGUUGCUAAGUCAUUUAUUAACUUGAUGAAUCUCCAGAGCUCAUAAGUUUAAUCCAAUCAAUUAAAAGCAUCGUGUGAGAACAUGAAUAUAUAGUGCUUUCUUUCUGGGGGGACGCAGGGGUACACAUACCCCUAAACAUUUUGUGAAUCUUUGUACUUUUGUCCAUUUACUGUAUUUAUUUUCCCUGGUUUAAACUAAAAAAUGGUGAUUUUCUUGAGUCAAAAUGAGAGUACCCCUAAUCAUUUUUUUUUCAUUUUGUUAAGAAAAAAAGCACUGAAUAUAUGGCAUUUGGCCAAAUAAAUUAAGUUUGUGGUUGCAUAACAUUCAUGGCGCAAACUGUGAGAUGAAAAAUGUUAUUCACUGCUUUGUGGGUUGCUUCUGUUGCAGUGUCGUGAACUUUGCUGUUUAGAGGUUCAGGCGGAUCGAAGGAAACGGAAGAAAAAAAAGAAUACGUAUUUUAAACGUGAGGGUUAUUCCUUCAUUAAAUGCUUUUCCACACUACCACCCAUUAGACCGGAUGAUAGAGGCCUCAGGUUUGGAGUUCAGGUGCUAGGUCCAGUCUGGAAUGGGUAAAAUUGCUAGCAAACACACUCAGGCAUUUUGCUGACGUGGCUUCUACCUUAGAUGGUACUAUAGUAUACUCUGAAAUGUCAACAGCCCAGACUGAAAGAGUCAAGUUUAAUGUCUUCAACCUCUGUCCUGGUGAGCACACCACAUUACACCAUGGUGUAAAACAAACUAUGGUUUAAUGUGAGGAAGCAGCUUCCAUGGCACACCUAUGAAACAAAUCUGAGCCUGAGCCUGUGGUGUGUUUCUCUCUCAAAAACCAAGGUUUGUUCUUGACUUGCCACCAGAGGGUUGUAUGGGGAAAGCGGUUGAGGUGGCAGGGCAGGUGGGGAGCCCAUGGCGGUGGUGCCUCAGGAACUUCCUUAAUGGCUGAGCCAGCUCUGGUACCAUUUCUCUAUAAAAUCCCUGUUGUCUCUCCUUCCUGUUAAGGCUUUAAUUUCCUGGAUCAAUUUUUCUGAAAGUGCUAUAGUCCGAACUUUUUGGACUAUAGCAGCAUUUGUAAGAGUCUGUCACAUUUAUUAAACUCCAGAGUGCCCCCCCCCCCCGUUCUUGAAAUGCCCAUUUCCCCAGAUUGGGACAAGGCAGAUUUUGAUGUAGAGAUGAACUGUUAGGCUCCAUGAAAUGGUUUUUAAGGUUAUGUUUCUAAGCAUACUUACAGUGCGAUCUCAUGUGUCUUCUCAAAAGUAAUCCCCACUGAGUUAAAUGGACCUUAACCAUAGGCAAGUGUGCAUAAGAUUAAAGUCUUAGCUGUAGAUACAUUCCAUGUACUUUUCUGGGAUCAGGAUGUAGAACAAAAUGCUAAACAGAGUUAAUUGGAGCUAAGACCCACUGAACACAGUGCAGCUUACUUGUAAGUAAAUAUGUAUAGGCUUGCACUGUCAUUUAUUCAUAAACCUCUGUAACAUUUUUCACUAUAAUGAACAAAACAGCAUAAAAAACUUUCAUGAAAUGCAUGUCUCAAUCCACAUGAAGAGAUCUCAGUGGCAUGGAGGUUGAUAUUAUUUCUGAUAUGGUUGCAAGUGGUGCUGUGGUCUCAACCACUGAGCCUCUUGGGCUUGCUGAUUGGAAGGUCGGCAGUUCGAAUACCUGCAAUGGAGUGAGCUCCUGUUGUUUUGUCCCAGCUCCUGCCAACUUUGCAGUUCGAAAGCACACCAAAUGGCAUUUCUGUGCGCUCUGGCUUCUGUCACUGUGUCCCAUUGCACCAGCAGUGGUUUAGUCCUGCUGGCCACAUCAUCAUCAUCAUCAUCAUCAUCAUCAUCAUCAUCAUCAUAAAUUUUAUUUAUAUCCCGCCCUCCCCAGCCGAGGCCGGGCUCAGGGCGGCUAACAACAAUAAAACAAUACAGUGGUGCCCCGCAAGACGAAUGCCUCGCAAGACGGAAAAACCGCUAGACGAAAGGGUUUUCCGUUUUGAAGUUGCUUCGCAGGACGAAUUCCCCUAUGGGCUUGCUUCGCAAGACGAAAAUACCUUGCGAGUCUUGAGAUUUUUUUCCGCUUCCCCCUUUAUCUAAUCUGCUAAGCCUUUAAUAGCCUUUAAUAGCCUUUUAGCAGCUAAUCCCCUAAGCCUUUAAGCCUUUAAUAGCCGCUAAACCGCUAAUAGCGCUAAUAGCGCUAAUCCGUCAAUGGGCUUGCUUCGCAAGACGAAAAAACCGCUAGACGAAGACUCUCGCGGAACGGAUUAAUUUCGUCUUGCGAGGCACCACUGUACAAAAGUACAGUAUAAACAACACUCUAAAAUCAUUCAUUAUAAAAUUAAUUAAUUCAAGCCACUGGCAACCAUUGGGCCAGAGCUCCGCGAAGAUUGCCGAGGGAGGGAGUCAGGCUGUGCCCUGGCCAAAGGCCUGGUGGAACAGCUCUGUCUUGCAGGCCCUGCAGAAAGAUGUCAAGUCCCGCAGGGCCCUGGUCUCUUGUGACAGAGUGUUCCACCAGAUCGGAGCCACAGCUGAAAAAGCCCUGGCUCUAGUUGAGGCCAGCCUAACUUCUCUGUGGCCUGGGAUCUUCAAGAUGUUUUUAUUUGAAGACCGUAAGUUUCUCUGUGGGGCAUACCAGGAGAGGCGGUCCCGUAGGUACGAGGGUCCCAGACCCAGAAAGCUGUCUGUGGACAAACGCCGGCUCCCUUGGCCUGAAAGCCAGAUGAGCGCCGCAAGCCCAUAGUCGCCUUUGAUUGGACUUAAACGUCCAGGGGUCCUUUACCUUACCUUUUAUUAUUUCUGAUGUUUGGGUUUUUUGUUUGCUUUUUUAAACUGCUCUGCUUUCUUUUUUCAAUAAUGUCCUCUUUUUCUUUUCUUUUUUUAGAACAAGAUGUCAGAUGUACAUUGAAAGGAUCCUUUGAAGGAACUCAAAACAUUUCAUUAGGCUGUGUCUCCAACUUGCAUUUCACUGAUCCUUCCCUUUUCCACUAUGCCAGGUUUAAGCAAGCAGAACUGGAUGUUCUACUCCCAAAGAAGAGGUCACUUCCCACCUUUGUAUGUCAUAGCUGAGCAUGGUAGUAACCUGGAUAAUUUUAGUUAGUCGCGCCUUUUAUUGGGAGAGGUGUUUUUAAAAAGCAAUUCUGUUUUUAAAGAGGCAAUCUCUUUAUUUUCAGUGUUGUUGUUGCAACUCAUGUGGAGCUAACGCUUACAAAAACAGGAACCUGACUCUGCCUCUGAAUGCACUUCCCACUGAUCAAGAUAUAAUCAAAGAAGUAAGUACUCCUUCUCAGCCCCUCUGUACUUACGCUGCAGUGUUCAACGGGGGUCUAUUCUUUCUCCCAUGCUUUUGGACAUCUAUAGGAAGCCGCUGAGAGCCAUCAUCCAAUUAUUUGAAGUCAGGUGUUCAUCAGUGUGUGAAUGGCACCCAGCUCUGUCUCCAUUCCAUCUGAGUAACCAAACAAACCCCUGUGUUGCAAAGAGAACGUCAGCAACGUCUAGGCAACACGAUGACACGUGUACAUACGCAAUAGACAAUCUUUAUUCCUUCAAACCAUAACAAGUACAAAAUGAAAUCUUUAGUCUCAAAGUCUCAGAAAAUCUUUAAAUGAAGCGAGGUACCAGACUUUGUAUGAUGAAAGACAAGCUGUGAAGCUUUGCGUAUUCAGCAAAUAUGAUGUCCAGCACUGAACAGUGAUUCCGGAUAUUGACUACUGUUUCGUAGAAUUCUUCAUCAGCGUGGUGGGCGGAUGUAGAAUUGCUUCAUAAACCCAUCUUAUUUCGAAUGAAUGUAUGUAAAUGAAAAUAUCAAAUGCUGAGGAACAGUGCUCAUGUAAUAAUGUAGUCACUGGGUUUAUGAAGCAAUUCUAUAUCCUCCCACCAUGCUGACGAAGAAUUCUACGAAACAGUAGUCAAUAUCCGGAAUCACUGUUCAGUGUUGGACAUCAUAUUUGCUGAACAAAGCUUCACAGCUUGUCUUUCAUCUUACAAAGUCUGGUACCUCGCUUCAUUUAAAGAUUUUCAGAGACUUUGAGACUAAAGAUUUCAUUUUGUACUUGUUAUGGUUUGAAGGAAUUCUAUCAAGAUUGUCUAUUGCGUAUGUCCAUUCCAUCCAUCUGAAGCAGGAGCGUCUGUGUGGAUGCUGGACUGUGUCUAGAGGUAGUAGCAGGCUGGAUGAGGACCAAUAAACUGAGACUGAAACCUGAUAAGAUGGGGGCUUUUCCUGGAUCCAGGAGCUGUGCAGAGGGCCUGUUCCAGACAGAAUUGCAUUCUUCCUGAUAGAACAGGUGCAUAGCUUGAAGGUGCACCUUUAGCCAUCAUUGUCGCUGGAGACCCAGCUGGCCUCAGUGGCUAUGAGAGGCUAUUCCUAGUCCAGCUAUGGCCCUUCUUGGUCCACCAUAGCCAGACUAUAGAGGUACAUGCUCAAAUAGCAUUACAUUUAGACUAGGAAUGGGAAACCUUUCCCUUCUGAACAUAUUUUUGAGAGCCACAUGCCAGUGGUGAGUAGGGGGGACCAGAGGCGAAGAUUGACAGAUCAAUGAAUAUAAGCUUAACCUUUGUGCAGCAGGCAGGCAGGCACACACACACACACACACACACACACUCCACACCUCUGUCCUCCAUCUAAGCAAAACAUACAAAAGAACUGAAGCAACCACAGACAGUUUAAACAACAUAUUAUAUAUUAUAUAUUAUAUAUUAUAUAUAUUAUAUAUUAUAUAUUAUAUAUUAUAUAUUAUAUAUUAUAUAUUAUAUAUUAUAUAUUAUAUAUUAUAUAUAUUAUAAUGCUAUAUAUUAUAAAAUACAGUUACAUGUAAAAAUACUGCAUUAAUAUGAAGUUACUAAUAUCUACAAAUCAAUAUCCAUUCAUUUUCCUUCUGUCACACCCUCCCUCUCCUCACCCAGGGUCCAAACAAACUCUCAGCAUACCAGAUGGGCUGGUGGAGUGUGUGGUCUGGGAAGAUGGGGUGUGGUUGAGGAGGUGUAGCCUUGGGAGAUCUGACCUCUGGGCCUGAGGUUCCCACCCCCAGUUUAAACUAUUGCAGUGUGAUCUAUGCUGGUACAGAAUGUGACUACCAUGUUAUUAGCCAGCAGUACUAAAUGUUCACAGAUCCUCAAGGAGUUACAUGGGCUGCCUAUUCACUCCUAGUCCCAGUUUGUAUUCCAGAGUUAACACUUAAAAGUUUUAUAUGCCCUGGGAUACAAAUAUUUGAAGGAAUGCCUUUCACACUACCUGCUGAUCCAUUCCUUAAGGUUAUUUAGGGAGGCACUGCCUGUUGUUCCCUCAGUGGGUACAGUUUGUUGUAUGACAGCACAGAGCAGGGCCUUCUCUCUUGUGGCAACCCACAUUUAGAACUUGCUUCUGUUAGAGAUCUGGUUGUCCCUCACAUUCAUCGCUUCUAGGCAUCAACUUAAGGUGUAGCUUUUUAUUCAGGCCAACAGAAAUAGCUGAUUUAAGGAUUGCUUCCUUUGCUGUGGCAUUACCACCUUGCUGUGUUUAUUGUUUUAAGAUGCUGAUGUUAUUUACUGGCUUUAUGGUUUUUAUGUUAAGUGCUAUAUUGUAUUUGAAUGAAUUGCUAUAUAUCACGCUGGACAAAUAUUCUUUCAAAUACUUGGGUCCCAGGCCAGUGUUGUGAUGUCAUCGCAUUACGUUUCCCCCAAGUGAAGCAAGCAUUGAAAAGUACCAUAAGGGUACCAUAAUGGGUGGAAUCCAAUACAGUCGUACCUUGGUUUUCGAACAGCUUAGUUCUCAAAUGUUUUGGCUCCUGAACUCCGCAAACCCAGAAGUGACAGUUCCGAUCUCCUGCAGCCAGUCAGAAACCGCACCUUGGUUUUUGAACGUUUUCGGAAGUCGAACAGACUUCCAGAACGGAUUCCGUUCGAGAACCAAGGUACGACUGUUUAGCUUUUUUUCCCCCCUGUCAGAGCAAGGAUUUAUUAUUGCACCACAGAAUUUUCUCCUUCUCUUUUCCCCCACAACCCAUGUGCCCCAUAAAUCUGUUCUAGGGGUUCCCCCAAAGCUCUGGAGCAGAUUUGGGGAGAAGCAUGGUGCAUGCAGGAGGAGAAGUGUUGCACAAACAGUUGGGUUUCACAAACGUUGGGUUAAUGCAGUGUAGUAGUUGAAUACUGCCCAAUGGGAACAGGAGGAAAGCUUGACAUGGGGCUGCUGUCUUCAUUGGCUGCAUGAAAGUAAACCACUAUAGUGUGUGGGACUAGUUAGAGAAAUGGAUGAUCCUGUGGAAUAACUGCAACCUUAAAUACAUGGGAGAUGCCCUGCCCUUCCUAAAUAUUAUCACAAUAUAUAAACUGCAGUCGCAUUUUCCAGAAUAUGUUGAGGUCACUUUAUAAGUCAGUAAAGGUACUAGAAUCACCGACUGCAGAAUGAAACCAAAAUUAUGUACAUGAUGUUGUGAAUUCCAAAUUUUAGAGAUUGUCAACAAUCAUUAGAAAGAGUAUAAAAACAACACACAGAAACCAUCUCUGAUUUUUGACAUUCACAACAGCAUAUGCAAACCUGGCACAGAACAGGAAAUAUAUUUUGUCUAUUUUUGGAAGUUGGGAAGGCUUUUAUGAUAUGACAUAACUGAUUGUAUUUAAAUUCUUAACUUUUAGGACAAAGAAGUUAAUUUACACUUCAAAGCAAAGACCUGGUAAGAUUCAGUCGAAAUAAAAUAAUGUGGUUUUUGGCUCUUCCGCUUUAUCCAUUUUUAAAAGAUGUGACCAAUUCCCCCCGCAUAUCUACUUCACAGAACAACUUAGCUUUGUGAAGCUUAGAUUCAAUGAACCAAAUUUUGGGCCUUCAAUUUCAAGUUGAGAAAUCUCCUCUCAAAUAUUUGUAUAUAGUUUUGACUUGAAAACUGGAAAAUCUUAACAUAUGCCAAAAGUAAAUUUAGGAUCAUAAUGAAUAUGUUUAUCACUAACACUAUGACUUUGAAAUUGUACUUCUCAAACCCCUUUACUACUGUUUGAGAGUCAUUACAUUCAGAAUUAUAGUCCUCUUCCAAUAAAGCGUGUCCUCCCUAAAAGAGGGCACGUGUUGCGGUGAGACCUGGAGACUGACCUCCUGGUUGUGGGUGGAUAUAUUGGAUAGCCACAACCCCCAAUUGGUAGGUCCCUUGUUGCUGGGCUUAAUCUGGCCAUGGGGUGCAGUCUAAACAGAUCAAGGGACCUAUAUAUACCUAUGCACGUGACCCAGAGCUUCCUCUUUCGGCUUGUGCAUCGGAACAUCCACCCACCUCUCCCUACUUUUAGGGCAUUUUCGCAAUUGGCCUUCCUAUGCUGUCGUGUGCCGUCUGUCGUUGGGACAGGGGCACGGCAGGAAUUUUCCCCACUUGGCUGAUUGGCUGUUGCCAUUUGGGUUUCGCCUGACACGUAGCAAAUCGUCACAACUUGUAUGGUUACGGAUAGGCUCUGAUUCAUGUGAUAGGGAUGGGAGAACGGUCUCGCCAUCCCUAUGUGAAGGGUAUUCCAUUAAAGGAAUCCAGGGACUCAACUUGGUUUGGUCAACCCCUCAGAGGGGGUUGCGCCCAUGCCUGAGUCCAGGGGAGCAUCUGGGGAGUGAACAUAGUCUGUUCCUGAGCUUUUCACCUACCUCAGGUGUUCACCCUUGGCUGACCUAUUCUGGUGCCCUGCGUCAGCGCUGCCUGCAAGGGUGCAGGGAGCUAGUCAAACCAGAGCCUAUGCAACCACUCUUCUGUAAUCAAUAAAGUUGUGGCCUAAAUUCUGCCAAAAACCAAAACUAAAAUUUGAGUCAAAUGUGUGUUUAUUUAGGGGGGAGGUCUCUGGGUCUGAACACGCAAUGUGCUCUGCUCACCAUUAUAGAAGUGGAGGAAGAGUUUUUUUGCAACUAAAAAAUUUCUGCACUAUCGUGAGUUGGAUUUGAGGUUUUCUGGUUGGAGUUAAAUUAACAUAGCAUCACUAUCAGUUUGGCCACAGCCCAGCAUCACACAUUAUGCAAAGUGCUUUACAUUUUUGAGGAUCAAUGAACUGGAUGCAGACCUGCCCGUUUUCAGUACUGCUUUGCACAAGUAUCUGGUUGGCCACUGAGAGAGCAAAAUGCCCUGGACCAGUUGGACCUUUGGUCUGAUCUAUCAGGGCUCUUCUUGUGUAUUCUGAAAGUUCUGUUGUAUGAUACAUUUUCACCUGUGUUACAGCACAUCGGGCUUAGAUGUUCGCUUGGGGUUUGAUCUCUGUCCAGAGGAACUGGAAUUCCUGCAGAAAAGGAAAAAAGUUGCUGCUGAUGCCUUUAAAAGGGCACUACAGCUUGAGGAGGAUCUGUGUGAAGAUGAGGUAGGGGGGACGCACAUUUUACAUUUGAUUUGAUCUACUUCUGCAAGCAGAUUAGCUGGCAAACAAACAGGUGUAGCAGUUUUGCACACACAUACCUACCUGUGUGCUCUAAAAAUCUGGACUCAUCCCAUGACCUACUUUGAUUCUUUGGAGGAAAAAAGGUCAUCAAUCUUUUUCUAACAAAGUUUACAAUUUAUGCCAGCAGUGAAUAUUACCUCAAUGUGUACUCUCAUAUCCCAUCUUUCCCCUGAGGUCACUGCUGGGCAAAAAAGCUGGGCUAGUGCUGUUCCCCCAAGUCAGCUAAAUUCCUUGUGACCUGGAUUCCAGGAACAAGACCUGGAAGGCUUUUACGUUUGCAUUUCUUUCUGCUGCUCCCAUUGACACGCUGUUUGAAGCUCCACAAAUCUACUCUAUACCUGCCCUACUGGCUUGCCUGCAUGUAAGGGCUCUGCCAAGAACCUGGGAAUGGCUCCAGGGAGCAGUGACUUGCACAGAGUUCUUUUUGAAAUGUUAUGGCUGUAGCUCUCCAGAUAUUGAAGUACCAGCUGUAUCUAUAUUUUGUAGCAGCUUCUAUCCUUGAUAUAAUUAUAAGACCCCUUCCCUUUAUAAACCAUCCUAAUGAAUGUUCUGCUUUUUUCUAUAUCAAAACAGGUGCCAGUGGUGGCAAUUAUGACGACAGGAGGGGGGAUGAGAGCACUUACAGCAUUAUAUUCCCACCUGUUGACUCUCCAAAAGUAUGAUCUUUUGGACUGUGUUUCAUAUUUGACUGGCUUAUCUGGCACAACAUGGUAAGGAAAUGUGAGCUAAAGAGUUAAGUAACCCAUAUUUAUGUCCACGAUGCAAUGAAAUGAAUUAAUAUAACAAGAUGUUCCUUAUGCUGCAGCGAGACUCCUUACGGGGUCCUCGCUGCGAGAUCACAUUCACCCGGUGCUAUACCAGCUGCACUGGCUCCCGGUGGAGUACAGGAUCAGGUUUAAGGUGCUGGUUUUAACCUUUAAAGCCCUAUACGGCCUAGGACCCUCAUACCUACGGGACCGCCUCUCCUGGUAUGUCCCACAGAGAAACUUACAGUCUUCAAAUAAAAACAUCUUGAAGGUCCCAGGCCACAGAGAGGUUAGGCUGGCCUCAACUAGAGCCAGGGCUUUUUCGGCUGUAGCUCCGGUCUGGUGGAACACUCUGUCACAAGAGACCAGGGCCCUGCGGGACUUGACAUAUUUCCGCAGGGCCUGCAAGACAGAGCUGUUCCACCAGGCCUUUGGCCAGGGCACAGCCUGACUCCCUCCCUCGGCAAGCUUCGCGGAGCUCUGGCCCAAUGGUUGCCAGUGGUUUAAUUUGAAUUAAUUUUAUAAGGAAUGAUUUUAGAGUGUUGUGUUGUUGUGUUGUGUUGUGUUGUGUUGUGUUGUGUUGUACUGUUUUAUUGUUGUUAGCCGCCCUGAGCCCGGCUUCGGCUGGGGAGGGCGGGAUACAAAUAAAAUUAUUUAUUAUUAUUAUUAUUAUUAUUAUCAACCUUUGCAUGAUGGGGAAGUGGUAGCUACAGUCAACUUUCAGUAAAUAUUGGUUCCUUUGGAGAAACUUGUUUGUUUUUGAAACUAAUACCCUGUCUUUCCGUAGUAUAAUCAAGUCUAGAGAAAUAAAACACAGUAUUAAAAACAAUAACAAUUUAAACCCAUUCAAUACAAUGGAUUAAAAGCAGCUUGAAAGACAGUGGCAACAUAAAAAAAAUUGAGAGCAAAUUCUGCAAAAUCUCACUGAUUUGUUUUUUUAAAACAAAAACAAAAACGUUAUUGCUGCUCAUUUAAAAGAAUGCCAGAAUGGGAUUAAGUGGAUGCCUCUAAGGAGGGUUUUUCCAAAUCUUGGUCACAACUGAAAAAAGUACUUGUGAGUAUUCACUGGCAUAGCUCUGAAGGCAGGAGGAAAAAGCAGGUGCCAAUGCUUAUGAUAUUCUGGUUACAAACAAUUUUAGGGCAGAGAUGGAGAACCAGAGGCCCUCUAGAUGUUGAAGGACUGUAAUUUCCACCAUCCCCAUCCAUUUACUAAGCUAGCUGGUGCUGGUGGAAAGGGCUCCAAUAACAUCUGGAAGGCCACAGGUUUACCACACCAUAUAUAGGCUUUUAAAGGUCAAAACUAGCAGCUGGAAUUGAGCUUUUGAACAAAUUGGCAAUCAGUAUACCUGGUACAAGAUCGCUGUAAUGUUAUCUAAUUAAUUUGGUUCUAGCCAAAACCAGCUGAAACAUCUGGGCUAUCUUCAGGCACAGCUCCAGGUAGAGUGAAUUACAGCAGUCUAGGUGGAUGGAUUUUGAUUCUUUUCCAAAACUGAUUGAUCACCAAGUUUGGGAUCAGAAAUGCACUUCCUUCCUUCCUACUGUAGAAUGGUCAAUGUUGCUUGAAUCAUCUCAUGCUAUUAAUUCUGUAGCUUUUUUGAUGUAGUUUUGGUUACCCAUCCCACUUUUUAAAAUGGAAGUGCUGGGCUUUUAACAACUGCAUAAGAAGCAGAAAUCAUUAGGUAAAGCUUUGUCUAUUAUUCCAUAUCCAAAUCUUGAUUGUGGUCAUUAGUGAAGAAGAGUUUGGAUUUGAUAUCCCGCUUUAUCACUACCCGAAGGAGUCUCAAAGCGGCUAACAUUCUCCUUUCCCUUCCUCCCCCACAACAAACACUCUGUGAGGUGAGUGGGGCUGAGAGACUUCAGAGAAGCGUGACUAGCCCAAGGUCACCCAGCAGCUGCAUGUGGAGGAGAAGGGAAUCGAACCCGGUUCACCAGAUUACGAGUCCACCAUUCUUAACCACUACACCACACUGGCUCUCAAAGUAGUGAAAGCUGAGUUAUCAUCUUUGGCUAGCACAAAUGGCCAAUCUUUUACUGGGAAUGCUCCAAUAAUUGCUGCUCUCAAUACAGUUCACAUGGAUCCCCCAAACCUAGAACUCAAGUAAAGACAUAGCCACAAAGUGUCAAACACCUACAUUUCAUGUCUCUCCUCUUCUGAACCCAAAUCUGUAUUUACUGUGUUUCUUUCCAGGACAAUGGCAAAUUUGUAUGAUGAUCCUAAUUGGUCACAUAAAAAUUUAGAAGAGCCACUCGUUGAAGUCCAAAAACAAAUGAAAAAAAACAAGUUCCUUGCCAGUUUUUCCCCAGAACGUCUAGCAUACUAUUCAAAGGAGCUGUGGCAGCGUUAUCAAGAAGGGCAUCAUAUCUCUUUUACAGAUCUUUGGGGACUUAUCAUUGAAGCCAUGCUACACGAUACGGUAUUAUAUACUUUACUCUAAAAACACUAGCUAAUGCCUAGUUUUGAUUAGCAUUUCAAGUUCCAUCAUACUCAGAGUAGACCCACUGAAAUCAAUGAACUUAAAUUAGUUGUGACAAGCUUAAUAGUUUCAACAGCUUUACUCUGAUUAAGUCAAAUACAUCCCAACAGUGUUCAAAAUUCUCAUUGUUCUAGGCACAUUUUUGUGACAGGCAAUUUCAUUAGCAUGAGCAAUUUCUGAGCCCUGGGCUCAGUACUGCGCCUAAGAUUUCAGACUAAAAGAUUUGCAGAGUGGAAGGAAAAGAGGACCCUUUUCUGCCUUCCCACUUCCAGCUACUGCCUGAAGACUGGAGAAGAGACCCUCUUAAGAAUAUUAGUGAGGGGUGGGGGGUGGGCAGGGGAAGGACUAGACCAUGUUAAAAAUGAACAUAAUAUUUUAGCUGUAGUUCAUUCGUUUUCAGCUUUGUAAUCUUGUUAUAAAAAAGCAUGCCUAGACAUUCUGUUGUUGUGCCCACAACCAAGGUUUAAGGUGCCAUUUAGCUGCUAGCUUUCAUAUCUCAGUUUCUAACACUGCAUCCCAGUAAGAUGAAGUGAGGCAUCUGGGCAGGAUAAUUUUUUUUAGUUACAAAAUAGUAGCGUAUAUCACAGAAGUGCUUGAUUCCAUAAGAAUAAAUUACCCAAAGACAGCAAUCCUAAAUUACUAGUAAAAUCCAUUUUGUUUUUUCUCCACACAGAAAAGCGCUCGGUAAUGGAUGGUAUUCAAUUAAAUAAUCGCAGAAGUGCAAGAAUUACUGGUAGUGGAAUAGGACUUCCCUCCAUCCCCUAAUCUGCUCUAGAGAUUGUGGGAACACACACACACACACACACACACACACACACACACGAACAGAUUUAGGGAGUGGGCAGACAGAGGAGAGGAGGGAACAUUACGUUUUGCAAGGAUUGUGAUGAUCAUUGUGCUGAUGGAAUGAGCUGCUUAGUGCUUCAUUGAACACAAUCCCAACCAUGCUUCUUAACAUACCAAAAUAUAAUUUCAGAUAGGAGUGUCAGCUUGGCCCUGGGGCUGUGGGUGCCAUCCAGCAUGCAUGGCCCUGGCACCAAAAUUUGUGGGUGCCCAGCCCCUUCAUGGGGAAUUUUGUGGGUGCUUGGGCCCCCAGGGCCCCAGGGAGUUGGCACCUACCGGUAGGUGCUGAGGUGGGAGCACUGUAAAUUCUGCCUGAGCGCCAUAUUGUGGAGGUGUUGAUGGAACAUCUAUAUCAAUCCUCAUUGUACACUGUGAUGUUUGGUGUCUGAAGUCAGAAAAGGAUAUACGUGCACUGCAAAUAGUUGGGUGUUUAUCAUACAUUCGAUGCAUAUAGGAAUCCCUCAGCUUUCACGUGUUAUCCCACAAGAAGAAACUCCAUAUGGUGCAAGCAGUGGCGUAGCGUGGGGGGUGCAGGGGGGGCCGGCCGCACCGGGCGCGACAUCUGGGGGUUAGGGUUAGGGGGCGCAAAUUACUUGCCUUGCCCCGGGUGCUGACAACCCACACUACGCCACUGGGUGCAAGGGUCAUGGGGCCACACUGCUCCCAAUCACAAGUCUAACCAGUUCACACUUUAAAUGUACAGAGGCCAAGGAUGGAACUGGACCAGGCACAACUUCAGGAAUAAGGAUUGUGGGACAGCCAUGCUACCCUUUAAUUAUGUGGAGUCCCUUUGCAUGGAAUGAAGUGUGAAUGGGGGCUUAUGAGCCUCCUCUAAUCACUCCCAUCAAAUGAUAUUGGCGGAAGGGAUAUCGCUCAGUGGUAACAGCAUCUCCGGGGGGGGGGGGGAUUCCUGGCAUCUCCAGGUAGAAAACCCUGCCUGAAACCCUGGACAGUCACUGCCACUCAAUGUAAUCAGUACUGAGCUAAAUGGACCAGUUGUCUGGCUCAUUAUAAGGUAGGGUGGCCAUAUUGCAAGAAGUAAAAAGCACACAAACACACACUUCCUGGUUCUGUUCUGGCAAAAACCCUGACAUUUUGUCAAUUUUUUGAAAUUCCCAUUUGGAUCCCGAACGUAUGGCAACCCUGUUAUAAGGCAGCUUCCUAGGGAGGCUUCUCAAAGAAACAUUUGCUUGUACAGAAAAUUUUAGCAAUAUGCUCUUCACAACCGUGUCCAUUGUUUGAGUAUCUGUACCUUUCAUUAAGAAAAGAGUUUUCAAUGCAGGAAGCCUCAAGCUCUUUCAAAAACCUUUCAUUAAUGUUCAUUUUGAAUGGGGUUGGGCAGAAUUUAAUUGCACGUAUCCCUUUUUGUUUAGAAAGAACAGCUGAAUCAAAGUAGGCUAACACACUAACUUAGCACAAUAGUUUGGGCUUCGGUUUAGAGUAAGAUGCCAUCACUAGAGUAUAAAUUCUAGAACAGCCUCUUACACCCUUUUCAGCUACAUUAACUGCUUCUUUCUGCCUUUCACAAACAGGUAGAUCAGAAUAAACUCACAGAUCAGCAGCGGGCGUUGACUAAUGGCCAGAACCCUCUGCCUGUGUAUCUUUGUCUCAAUGUAAAGGAAAAACUAAGUAAUCGGGGAUUUAGAGGUAAUUGCAAAUAUUUUAUAAAUAUAUGCUUGCAUUUAAUUCUCAAACAGUAGAACUGAGGACUAGAAAGGCUGAUUCAUGUAAUUUAGGAAUACUAAAAGAUACUCUUCUGUGGCUUCCUUUUCAGAAUGGUUGGAGUUCACCCCAUAUGAAGUGGGAUUUCAAAAAUAUGGAGCCUACAUUCGUGCUGAACAUUUUGGCAGUGAAUUCUUUAUGGGUCAUUUGAUGAAGAAAAUCCCAGAAUCACGGAUCUGCUUCUUGGAAGGUAAUUAAUAGGGCAGUCCUAUAUACACCUAUUCAGGAGUAAGUCCCAUUGAGUUAAGAACAUAAGAAGAUCUGGCUGAAUCAGACCAAUGGCCCAUCUAGUUCAGAUUAAUUGGCACAGGAUUGUAGCCAAUAAUAGUAAAAUAUUUUUAUUUUUAGGAGUAUUUGCGUCUUUAGCACAGAGCUCUAGCAGAUUAUAAAUAGUUCUGUGUACAGUAAGGCUCUUUUGAUAAACAAUCUAUUUGCCACUGCUAUGAGCACAUAAAACCUACUCUAUUUAGAAUUUUCCUAUGUUGACAUAAAACACUGAAAGACUAAACAUAUUUGGGACAUAUCUAUCUUAUUAUAAAGCACAUUUAAAUUAAGUGUGUGCUUAAUUAUCAUCUACUGUGACCAAUAUGUAUUAGAAGAGCAUGCACAAAACAUUUCCUAUAUCUUGUUGCUGGCAAAUAGGCACUUCCACAUCCUAUAUGCAAUUAGCAAGAGGGUGGGAAUGCAUUUGAUGAUUGCACCAAAGACGCAAAAUAAAUUAUGAUAGUUCCAUAAUUGCAGCGUUUGGAGUGUUGCUACUAAUGAGCUACUUACUUAGAUGUUCUUGAUAACCAAUAAUUUCAAAUCCCAUCAUGUGCUCUGUUCUAAUUUACCAGUAGGUGGCUCUGUGUGCUUAUACUAAGAAACUAUAAAUUAUAAUGACGUAGCAAUCUUAAAACAUUUUAUGUGUUCAUAACUAGAACAGAGCAAAAACAACUUCCCGGAUUUUUUCACCCUAUUCAUAGGCAGCAGAAAUGGGUACCAUUUUGUCAAUUAUUCUCUGGAGGGAUAAGAAAUUAUCCAGUUUCUAGGAAGUGUGCCUCACCAUUAGGUGUGGCAUCAACAUUGCUUCUUCUCUCUCUCCCCUUCCAGCAUUUAUAUCCUUUUUUUUUUUUUGCUUACGGUGGCAACUGUGUUGGCAGCCUGGCCAAUGUCCCCAGCCUAGCUUUGUUCCUUAGCACUCUUGGGUGAUCUUCUGAGAAGUUUUGGCUCAAUUCUUGUCCAAAGUCUCUUAUAUACAUUAUCUCAGUAUACCCUAUCAGUCUUGUAAUGUGUACCAGUAUUAAUAUAUUAGCAUAAACAGAAGGCUGAGUAGAGGCUCUUCCUAAAGGUUCAUGACUGAGGUGAGAUUUGAACCAAGAAAUAGACUCACAGCUCACCCACUUUUAGGCACUAUGUAACAUGGGCAUCUCAAACAUGAAAACUACAAAAAUUAUUCCCAAUUUCUUCCCUAUCACAGGAAUCUGGAGUAGUGUAUUUUCUGUAAACUUGAUGGAUGCCUGGUUUCUGAGUGUUAGUACGGAAGAUUUUUGGCAGAUGUGGACACGAAAUAGAAUAACUGAGCUUGGUAAGUUACUGUUCCAUUUUGUUUCUGCUCUGUUUAUUUAUGGGGACAGAACAUUUAUGUACUUUCCUUCUGUAGUCCUAUUUAUGUGCUAUUUGUGUGUAUGUUAUAGCUCUGUUUACUUGGGAGUAGUGCUUUUAGCCUUGCCUCUCUCUUUUCAGUAACCAUCACAGUUGCCCAUAAAGCAGCUCUUAACACACAGGCUUCUGCCUGUACAGGUGUUCAGAUCAUGCACACAAGCAGGAGCUUGUUUUUUGGGGUGACCUCACAGACAACUGUAGGCAACCUGUGGUUAUCAGAAGAGAGAGACCUGAUGUCAGGGCAGGGCAAAAAGUACGAACAUGACUAUGCCCUACAUGUGCACAACACAUCACUGGGCCUUUUGUAUUUCAGUGAUGUAUUUUACAAUUCUUUAAGGCAAUGCUACAAAACACACCAGUAAUUAUUAGUGCCAUAUACAAAAUAAUCACAAGCUUACUUUGGCCUGGUUUUGGCCCUGGGACUGACUUUGUUGCCCUGCUAGGUGACCUUUACUGGAAAAGAAACAGGAUGGUGUGUGCCUGUUUGUUCUGCUGUCCUUCUGGGAAUUUUCCAGUAUCAUUGACCACAGGAUCUCUCUGGAUUGGCUAGCUAGGCUGGGGCUGAGAUGGCACUGUAUUGUGAUGAUUCCAGCCCUAUCUGGAGCCUGAUUCCAGAAAGUGCCUCUGAGGGACUCCAUCUUGUCAUGGGUCCAUCUUGUUAUCCUUGUGCCGUUCAUCACCUACAUUAACCCAAUGGGAGCAGCCAUCCAGAGUUUUGGAGUACUUACUGUCCCCCAUAACUCCAUCUCUUAGUUCUAGCAGAUUCCAGAGAAGUAAUGGGGAUUCUAAACCAGUGUUUAGGAUCUAUACUGGACUGGAUUUGGACAAAGAAACUGAGGCUAAAUCCAGAUAAAAUGGAGAUACAAAUGACCAGAAGAGAGCUAGCCUACGAUUGGUGAUACACAGAGUUUCUGAUGGGAUAGCACUGUGUCUGAACAAUCAGGUGCAUUGCAUGGAGAUGCUACUGGACCACCCAUGCUCUUAGAGGAGCAAUGGAUGUCUGUGGCCAGGAACUUCAGUGCAUAGCUUCAGCUGGAGUGCUAGUUACACAUUUUCUAGAAAAGACAGAUCUGGCCAGUUUCACUUCCCUGGGCACAUUUUGGUUAUCAACUACUGUAAUGCAAAGCUCUCUACAGUAGGUUGCUUUUGAAAACUAUGGAAAUGGAAGCUGGUGCAGAAUGCUGCUGCCAGAGUCUUGCUAUUCAAAGCAUAUAACCAUUGCUGUUUGAUCUGCAGUGGCUCCUGGUGUGUUUCCGGACCACUGGUUCAGACCACUGGUCCUCACCUUUAAAAGUUCAAGUGCUUCAGGUCCAGAAUCCCAGAAUUCUGCUUUUGAUUUAAGAUCUGUUGUGAAACAUUUGUUCUGUGUGCCACCAGCAUCUGAGAUAUGCAGGCCAUGGGCUUCCUCAAAAGGCUCAUCUGGCUCUCUCCUUUUUAGCUUUUUGUGUGCAUUCUGCUUAUGAUUCAGUUUGAUUUAGAUUAAUACUCUGUUCCUUGGGAUCACAGCUUUUUGUUGCAUCAUGUAUCGCUGCUGCUUGUUGUUACAAUAGCAUUUUAAAUAUUUUUGUGGUGUUAUUCUGUUUUUAUUGCGGUGGUUCCAAAACACAAGUUUGCAACAAAGUGUAAACCCUAUAUGGUGCCUGUGUUAGCAAAGACAUGUUUUUUUAAUCAGGUACACUUUAAACAAAAUAGUUUUUCUUUUUUAAAAUAAAGUAUGACAGUGGUAACAGGGACAUAUUGGUAAAGUAUGACUUUGAUUUUCUAAGUAAAAGGAACUAAGGACUCAAAACCUCAUUUAAAAACAGUUUACCCUAUUGCUACUCAACACUGACAAUUAGCACAAGGGUGGGGGCACAAGUGAGUAUCAUACUGACUGGAUGAGCUUAGAGUGGAAUACUACCAACAAAGGUGUUUCCCAAUGUUUGCUUCCUGCAGCAGUGAUAACACUUUUGAGCUUAACUCCUGCAAAUCAGAUAGGCUUUGGGCUGGAUCUCAUGGCUAUCGCUGCUAGUCCAAAUGGCUAGUAAAUGCUGGCCCUACACAGCAGUGCAGGUUAUAUCAACAAUAGAUGACACCUAUGACAUAUGUUGGUGCAGAACAGAGCUGGUGUAACAGCUGUCUACCUACAUGAUGCAGGCAGAUGAAAUGUUGCACAUAAUCACAUUAAGAAACCAUAUAUGAAGCAGACCAUAUAUAAGCAGACCAGCUUUGGAACAGUAUUUUGGAGUUUUAGGUAGAUUUGAGACAAAACCAAACUUGUAGAAAGCCAAGAUGGUAUGGGGAAAUGAAGCACUGUUAAUUCCAAGGAUCUCAUAGCAUGGUUACUAUUUUCUAACAUAGAAAAAAAAAUGCAUUUCAUAUGUUGUUCCUUCUACAGAGGAGUGUCCUUGGUAUCCGUCAACAGAUAAACUCCCUACCCGUAUGCAGUAUCCUCCGGACAGCCUUGCCAGUGCUUUUCAAAAUGUCAUUAUGUGGCGACCAGCAGUUUCGGUGGUCCCUAAUUUUCUGAGAGGCUGCCCGAUGCACAACGAAUACCUAGAGAGCAAAUUUUCAAAGUGGAAAGGUAUAGCAAGAGCUCUUUUUUAAAUGAAAGUUCCCUUGGGUUAGCUUGCUUGGCCAAUACCUUCAUAUGGUAAGCAAGGAGUCCUUAAGGACUGACCAUUUCCUCUUCUUCCAGAGGGGAAGGACUUCCUGGGUAGGCAACAGAAACUGUGUGCUCUACCCAGUUACUGAAAGACAGAAGUUCAGAGACUGGAAAUGGACAGUCUCUUGAAAUGUCAUGAGUGGGGAGAACUAUAUUUUGAGUGCAUUUUCUGUUUCUUUAUGUUCCCCGUAGGAGCAGCACUGCCAGUUUCUGAUCACAAAUUCAUUUCUUUCAGACUGCGAUCUUGAUACCUUUCCGAACCAGCUGACAGGAGCUGAAGAUUACCUGUAUCUGGUAGAUAAUGCAUUUGCCUUUGAUAGCAGCUACCCACCACUCAUGAGGCAGGGAAGAAAUGUGGAUCUCAUAAUACACUUAAAUUACAGCUCAGGAUCACAAAUAAUGGUAAGUAAUCUUGAGCACAGCUUCCCCCCCCCCCAACACAAAUAAUGAGUGUGCAUAACUUAUUUGCUUUUGACAGUCGGUUACUCAUUUCUGUCCCUAUCAUACAAAGAGGAAGUUGAUGGUCUGUGCUUUCUCUUCUGUUGAAAUCAUCUUCUUGCAGCUGUUUCCUCCUCUGCCAUCAGCAAUACCAGGGCUGUGAGAAGGGGAAACUGACAAAUGCUGUCUUUCACACGUCUUCCCUGUCAGAUGGAAGAGAGAUAAGAUAAAUAUUCUGCUAGCUUUAUUCACAUUGCACCACGGCUUCUGUGAAAGCAGUUAGGUCCACCAAAUCAGUUUUUUUCUCUUCUAGACAAGUUCUGCUGCUUUUUGUUUGCAUGUACACAAGACAUCUAUUUGGAGGUCAGUUCUGAAUACACAAAUAAGGAGGUGACUUUUGUGUGAGAGCUGUUAAAAGCCUAUGCACAGGAUGUAUAACCUAGCAAGGUUAUGCUUAAAAUUCUACAAGGAAGACUCAAGCAGUAUGUGGACCGAGAACUCCCAGAAGUGCAAGCUGGAUUUAGAAGAGGCAGAGGAACCAGAGACCAAAUUGCAAACAUGCGCUGGAUUAUGGAGAAAGCUAGAGAGUUCCAGAAAGACAUCUACUUCUGCUUCAUUGACUAUGCAAAAGCCUUUGACUGUGUCGACCACAGCAAACUAUGGCAAGUUCUUAAAGAAAUGGGAGUGCCUGAUCACCUCAUCUGUCUCCUGAGAAAUCUCUGUGUGGGACAAGAAGCUACAGUUAGAACUGGAUAUGGAACAACUGAUUGGUUCAAAAUUGGGAAAGGAGUACGACAAGGCUGUAUAUUGUCUCCCUGCUUAUUUAACUUAUAUGCAGAAUUCAUCAUGCGAAAGGCUGGGCUGGAUGAAUCCCUAGCCGGAAUUAAGAUUGCUGGAAGAAAUAUCAACAACCUCAGAUAUGCAGAUGACACAACCUUGAUGGCAGAAAGUGAGGAGGAAUUAAAGAACCUUUUAUUGAGGGUGAAAGAGGAGAGUGCAAAAUAUGGUCUGAAGCUCAACAUCAAAAAAAACGAAGAUCAUGGCCACUGGUCCCAUCACCUCCUGGCAAAUAGAAGGAGAAGAAAUGGAGGCAGUGAGAGAUUUUACUUUCUUGGGCUCCAUGAUCACUGCAGAUGGUGACAGCAGCCACGAAAUUAAGAGACGCCUGCUUCUUGGAAGGAAAGCAAUGACCAACCUAGACAGCAUCUUAAAAAGUAGAGACAUCACCUUGCCAACAAAGGUCCGUAUAGUAAAAGCUAUGGUUUUCCCAGUAGUCAUGUAUGGAAGUGAGAGCUGGACCAUAAAGAAGGCUGAUCACCGAAGAAUUGAUGCUUUUGAAUUAUGGUGCUGGAGGAGACUCUUGAGAGUCCCAUGGAUUGCAAGAAGAUCAAACCUCUCCAUUCUGAAGGAAAUCAGCCCUGAGUGCUCACUGGAAGGACAGAUCGUGAAGCUGAGGCUCCAAUACUUUGGCCACCUCAUGAGAAGAGAAGACUCUCUGGAAAAGACCCUGAUGUUGGGAAAGAUGGAGGGCACAAGGAGAAGGGGACGACAGAGGACGAGAUGGUUGGAUAGUGUCUUCGAAGCUACAAACAUGAGUCUGACCAAACUGCGGGAGGCAGUGGAAGACAGAAGUGCCUGGCGUGCUCUGGUCCAUGGGGUCACAAAGAGUCGGACACGACUAAAUGACUAAACAACAACACAGGAUGUAUGUUCUCAGUCCUGUUUGCAAGAACAGUGCCAGCCAAGUUUCCAGACCACACUGAGAAAAACUUCUUUCCCAUCCUUUCUUUCAGUUGCAAAGAAAAGGCCUUUUGCUUUGAUACUGCUGCUACCACUGGGACAACUGUGGAUUGAUUUAUUUUAUGAGAUUUUUAUAGUACUUUUUACCAAAUGAAAGGUCCCAAAGCAAUUAAUCCCCUUGAAGACUUACUUUCUCAAGGGCUUUGGGGGGGGUUUCUUGUCUUGCCCUCAGCACUCCUUUCUCCAACUCUUCCUCUUAUUUACUCAGAACAGAGAUGGAAGUUCUGGGAGUUGAGCAAGGUUGAACAAAAUUGAUAUUAAUGGGUGGGGUUCUUUAAGGUUUCCAAUCACCCUACAAGCUGUUCACAUAGUUAAGUUUGGGCAACUAAGGGCACCCUUCUCCCCAAAAAGAGAUGGUUAACAAUAUAAUUAGUUCGUUCUGCAGCAUAAUUUGCCUUCCACACAGCUGAGAUAGAAUCUCAAAGCCCUUUAAUGGGGAAUUUAAGAUGACCUUCUGGUCACAGGUGAAGUGCAAACUCUGCAGUGUUCCAUGUUGCUGGGAUUGGGGAAACCAGAGAUUAUUUUUUUAAAAAGUCUACGAAUUAGGCGUGUGCGAAUGCACUUCCAGUCUAUCAAGUAAUGGCUCCACUAUUAAAAUCAUGCUUGGAUUUUAUCCCCCUUACAUAGCCUCUGGAAAAAGCCGCAGAGUAUUUCUCAGAACAAGGAGUCCCAUUCCCUCAAAUUAUACCAAAGGAAGAUGGUGAUCUGAAGGAAUGCUACUUGGUGGGAGAUCAAGAGGGCCCUGAAAUUCCAAUAGUGCUUCUUUUCCCCUUAGUGUGUGACACAUUCAAAGAGUAUAAAGCGCCUGGUAAGUCUGUACAAGUCUGAUAAUUUUUGCUUUUCAUUACAUUAUGAUCAAUUCUGCUCUUUGACUAAGUUGGAAAUCUAAGAGAGUUGUUUCAAAAGGAAAAUGAAGAAGCAGGGGUAAGACAUGCUUACUACUAAACAGAAGCAGUACACAAUUCAGGAUACCCCCCCUUUCCCCACCAGUCAUAUUCUUUGCAACAUCGGAGGUGACACUGGCCUGUGCAUGUCCCAGAUUACAUGUGGCUUCAUGUGCUCUUCUAAAAAUACUGCCACCCCAAAAAGCUAUCGAGUUUUUUUCUGCAGUUGUACUUGGGAGAUGGGAGAUGUCAUAGGUCUUCUAUGCCAGCAUUUGGACCAAAGCAUUGAUUUUUGAGAUAGCACAGUCAGCUGGAUGAAGUAUUGCACUCAGACCUAAAGACCCAGUUUUAAUUGAGUCCGGUCUCAGCCACACAUUCCGAAAGAAGAUUCGGGCAUACUGCUUCUGUACUGAGGAGAAACUGAAAUAAAGGGAAGAGUAAUUACACUCCAACAGAAUGGUUUUCCAAAAGAGACGCUUUAAAGUCUGUAAUGCAUUUUGCUGUACAAAUUAUUGAAGACAAUAAUAAGCCUUCCCUAUUUUCCUCACCAAGAUGAUAUCUUUAUUUCUUUCCGGGUUAUUCCCCAUGUACAUAUACCUCAUGCAUGAGAAUUAACAAUUUAUAUAUCUGAAGAAGUGGACUCCUGCCCACAAAAGUUUAUGCUGAAUUAAAUCUGUUAGUCUUUACGAUACCACAAGACUCUCUGUGGUGUUUGCUGCAACAAAAACCAGGCUAUCCCUCUGAAAUAAAACUACCUACUUAUAUAUUGUUUUUAAAUCUUAGGUGUGAAACGAAGCCCUGAGGAGAUGGAAGAUGGUGAAAUUGGUGGUCUUACCAGCUCCUUUGGCCCAUAUGAUGUAUAUACUUUGCGGUAUUCAGAAAAGGACUUCCAAAAGCUAGUAAAACUUUGUGAGUACAACAUCCAAAAUAACAUAGAUUUGAUUUUCAAAACUUUGCGUAUAGCUGUGGAACGGAAGAAGCAGCAGAAGAAGAGUUAACAAUUUCAAAAUCCAUGGCGAGCCUUUUAGCGGAAAGAGAGCCUCAAACCUCUGACAUUGUUCAGUACUAGGGAGUAAUCGGCAUUUCAUUCCAGAAGGAAAAACAAAGAACUCAAUCAAACAAGUAUUAAAGUCGCUGUUCAACCCCUUCAGGAGGAAAUACUGGAUAUUAGAAAUUAUUAAUGAAUACUGUAAGUCAUUCUACUUUUGUUCUUCAUAGACAGUUCUGUGGCCGUACAUUACAUUAUCAUCUUGGAAGCUACUUUUAAGUGCUC